GUCUCCGCGCGCGCAAGUUUCAAGUCGCUUCUCCCGAUCGAGCCAUCUCGCUCGCCCGUCGGCCGGCUUGUCCUCAUCUAUCGUCCGCGCCUCUCUUCAUGAUCAUUUCUGAUACGGCGGCAGUUGGAGGUGCCAUCUCGGCGCCGACGGCUUCCGGGCCAGGGCAAGUAACUCGACAUCUCCUGUCUUGAAAAAUGCGAGUUGUUUUCCUUCUGCCUCCAACAUCGCAUCAUCAACAACAUCAUCAUCAUGUGGCUCGCCCUGAAGAACCUCUUCAGGUAUCUUCGCUUAAAGGCGUUGGUCAGCUUUGCCCGUUUUCAAGUCUGGAGAGGUGGCAUGCCAAAGGCCUCACCCGACUCCAUCCUGCAGAUUCCAUCAAGGACCGGCCGUAGCAUCAAAGCACACUACUACAAGUCAACCUCAUUCACACCUGGCAUCCCAUCACCACUUCUGAUCAACUUCCACGGUAGCGGUUUCGUCUUCCCUCUCCAUGGCUCCGACGACUUCUUCUGCCGUAAGGUCACGACUUCAACACCUUACUCGGUCUUGGAUAUCCAAUACAGUCUUGCACCCGAAUACCCCUGGCCAGCCUGCCACAAUGAUGCAGAAGAUGUCGUAAACUGGGCUCUCAAACAACCUGACGUCUACUCAACCUCUCAAAUCGCAAUCUCUGGUUUCAGCGCUGGUGCAAAUAUGGCAUGUGUGGCAGCCGCAUCUACUUUCCCAAAGGAUACUUUCAACACAUUGCUGGCCUUUUAUCCACCCACAGACCUCUCCAUGGACCCAGAAGAGAAGGUGGCUCCAGAGGACGAUGGCAGAGGUGGUGGUAUAACUGCCCAGAUGGCACGUCUGUUCGACGCCUCGUAUCUGCGAUUCGAUCCCGACAAGGCCGACCCUCGUGUUUCGCCUGCUCUUGGACCCGUAGAAAACUACCCUGAGAACUCCUUGUUCAUUACCUGCGGGCGUGAUUCACUAUGUCUGGAGACCGAGCGUCUGGCCAAGCGUGUCGAGAAAAAGCAUGGAGAGGGCGUGGUGCUCAGGCGCAUGGACAAGUGCGGACAUGCAUGGGAUAAGAGAGCAGCCCCUGGUUCUUACCAAGAAUCUAAGCGUGAUGAGACAUACGGAUUGGCGAUUGACAUGUUGAUGAAGACAAAGCAAUGAUCCACGAACAAGACUCCGGUGUUAGGGGAAAGGUGGAACAUGAUAUAGAGGGUAAUUAACGGUUUGUAUCUCAUUUGCACAUCUUGCAAUUUCGUCUGCCUUGUCUUUUCCGCUUCGUGUUGACAACAAAAAGAAACUAAUUACAGUGCGAUGAGAGUCUAAAAGACUCUGCAGUGUGCCCGGAGAAACAGGCAGUAAACAAAGAAAACAGAAAGGGGUAUCUUUUGGGAAGCGCGCCGGCCAUGCA